AUGCCUCGGCCGGAGUUCCAGGCGCCGCCGGAUGUGUUCUACAACGAGUCGGAGGCCCGCAAGUACACCACCUCCUCCCGUAUCAUCGAAAUCCAGUCUAGGAUUUCCGAGAGGGCGCUUGAGCUGCUCGCUCUCCCCAACGAUGGCGUCCCCAAGAUGCUUCUCGACAUAGGAUGUGGUUCCGGGCUUAGUGGUGAGACAUUGACGGAGCAUGGCCACCACUGGAUUGGCUAUGAUAUUUCAAGGUCGAUGCUCGAUGUUGCCUUGGAGCGUGAAACAGAAGGAGACCUCCUGCUUGCAGAUAUGGGACAGGGCUUGGGCUUGCGGCCAGGAAUUAUCGAUGGUGCAAUUAGUAUUUCAGCGGUUCAGUGGUUAUGCAAUGCUGACAAAUCUUCUCAUGAUCCAAGAUUGCGGUUAAAGGCUUUCUUCGGUUCGUUAUAUAGAUGCCUAGCAAGGGGAGCAAGAGCUGUUCUACAGUUUUAUGCUGAUAAUGUGAAGCAGAGUGAAAUGAUUGUGACUGCUGCCAUGCGUGCUGGUUUUGCUGGUGGAGUGGUUGUUGACUGGCCUCAUAGUUCCAAAGCGAAGAAGUCCUACCUUGUCCUCACUUGUGGACCACCUUCGGUUAAUACAUCACUUCCGAAGGGUAAAGGUGAAAAUGGUGAGAUGUGCAGCGACGAUGAUGAUGAUAAUGAGAGCAGUGAUGAAGAUGGCGACAGAACAGUGGGCAUAUAUGAAAGGAAUAGGCCGAAGAAGCGUCAGAAGACGAAAAAGAACGGUAAAGGCAAGGAUUGGCUCUUGAGGAAAAAGGAGCAAAUGAGAAGAAGAGGACAUGACGUGCCCGCCGACACGAAGUACACCGGGCAAGCAAAAAGAUUUUGUAAGAGAAGCGCGGAGCCACCUCAGCUGUACUGCUAUUCCGAAGUUAUGUCGGUGUCUUAG